AAGAUCACACAUGACUAUAUUUAGGCUUACACAUUGAGAGAAUUUGAUGAGUCAAAUUGCUUAGAUGAACAGUUCCAAAAGUCAAAAGUGGACAAAAAUUGGGGGACGGAGGGAGUACUAUUUAAUACUCCCUCCGUCUCAGAGUAUUUGUCCACUUUCAUUUUUACACACCAUCCAAUGCACUUCUUUAAUCCAUUUUAUCUUGUAAUUUGUAUAUUAAAAAAUUAUAGAAAUUAUAUAUUAAUAAUCUAUAUGUUAAGACAAAUCAAACAAGAUCACACAUGACUAUAUUUAGGCUUACACAUUGAGAGAAUUUGAUGAGUCAAAGUGCUUAGAUGAACAUUUUACACCCACUGUUACCACUUUCAUAUAAAUACUUGUGACAUCUUUACUUUAUUUUUCCCACACAAAGCUUAAAAUUUCUCUGGUUCUUCAUAAAUGGAAGACUACUGUGGAUUGAGAAACAAAGGAAAGGCAGCAAAAAAUGCAGAUCUUCAAGAAGAAGAAGAAGAAGAGCUCUGGCGUGCUGUUCAACACGCCAGAGAAACGCCAUCGCAGAAAGUGAAGACGAUAGCUUCAUCGUCUUCUUCUUCCGCGUGGCCUUUACUGAGGAAAGCGGUCCCGCGAGACCGCUCUACUCGUAACAGAGGAGGAGUGGACGAGAAGCACUUCUCGUCCACGGUUCCUCUGAAAAUCCCAGAGUGGAGGUCCAAAAAGGGUGAAGAUGAUGAAGGUGAAGAUGAUGAUGAUGGUGGGGUGGUCCCACCACAUGAAUACAUAGCAAGGAGGCUAGCAAGAAGAGCUCAUCAGGUUGCAUCUUUCUCCAUGUGUGAAGGGGUUGGUGGGACCCUCAAGGGCAGAGACCUCAGCAAACUGAGGAAUGCCAUCCUAACCAAGACUGACUCCAUUCAUCACUCCCUCCUCCUCCUACUCCUCAUCUUCCUCCCCAUCUCCCAAUCCCUAAGUCUCCACCCACUUCCAGAGUUCAAGAAGUUUCAAGUUCAAGAAGAAAAUGAGCCGCGCGUGGGUGUCAACAUAGGCACAGAUGUUUCCAAUUUCAUGUCCCCCUCCGAUUUGGUGUCUUUCCUGCAACUGCAGAAGAUCCGACACGUAAGGCUUUACGACGCCGACCCUGAGAUUCUCAAGGCCCUCUCCCGGACCAAGAUUAGGGUUAUUGUCAGUGUCCCCAACAACCAGCUUCUCGCCAUAGGCUCCUCCAACUCCACCGCUUCUUCUUGGGUUGCCCGCAACGUCGCCGCCUAUUACCCACAAACCCUAAUCACCGCCAUCGCCGUCGGAGAUGAGGUCCUCACCACCGUCCCCUCCUCCGCCCCUCUGCUGAUUCCUGCAAUCGAGUCCCUCUAUGCCGCCCUGGUUUCGUCCGGGUUGCAUACCCAGAUCAAGAUUUCCACCCCUUGUUCCGCUUCCAUUGUUUUAGACCCGUUCCCACCUUCGCAGGCAUUUUUCAAUGAGUCCCUGGCCUCUGUUAUCUCUCCAUUGCUGCAGUUCCUGUCUAGGACCCAGUCUCCUCUGAUGAUGAAUCUGUACCCUUACUAUGUGUUUAUGCAGAACAAAGGGGUUGUCCUUCUGGAAGACUCCCUCUUCAAGCCCCUAAGCCCUUCCAAGGAAAUGGUGGAUCCCAACACUUUGCUUCACUACACCAAUGUGUUUGAUGCUAUGAUUGAUUCUGUUUAUUACUCCAUGAGGAAUCUGAAUGUCACAGAUGUGGUGGUUCUUGUCACUGAGACUGGGUGGCCUUCAAAAGGGGACUCUAAGGAGCCCUUUGCCACUCCUGACAACGCCGACACUUACAAUUCGAAUUUGAUCAAGCACGUUCUUGAUCGCAUUGGGACACCUCUCCAUCCGGAAGUCACUUCAGAUGUGUAUAUAUACGAGCUGUUCAAUGAGGACUUGCGGGCCCCUCCGGUUUCCGAGGCGAAUUGGGGUUUGUUUCAUGGGAAUUCGUCGCCGGUCUACUUGCUUCACGUGUCUGGAAGUGGCGAAUUCUUGGCUAAUGAUACCACAAACCAAACGUAUUGCGUGGCAAUGGAUGGGGUUGAUAGAUGGACCUUGCAGGCUGCUUUGGAUUGGGCUUGUGGGCCUGGGAGGGCUAACUGCUCGGAGAUCCAGCCCGGGGAGAGCUGUUUUAAGCCGAAUAGGGUCAAGAACCACGCUUCGUACGCGUUUAAUAGCUAUUACCAGAAAGGGGGAAAGAAUGCUGGUUCUUGUGAUUUCAAGGGAGCAGCCACUGUUACCACCACUGAUCCAAGUUAUGGGAGUUGUGUGUUUCCUGGAAGUAAGAGUGAAAGCAAAAGCAGAACACAUGUGAAAGUGAACUCAAGCGACACAAGUGGUGCAUGUACAAUAAAGUUCGCCCAAACAAAUGCAUAUAACUUCAUGCUCGUUUUCUGGAGCGCCGUCUUCUGUUCUAUUUGUUAUUCGUUUCACCCGUGACAAAAAAAAAAAAUCGAUAAAUGUUGCGUUUCGUACGUUUAUUCUUUUUGAAGAGGCCAUUCUUGAAAAUGUUGUAUUUAAAGAAAUUCUUGGAAGCACCGAAGACGACGAAGACAAUAAGGAAGAAGAGAGGUUGAGAACAAAGUUGGGUGUUUUUGUUGUGCAAGGGAAGUUGAGAUUUGAAUAAAGUGCCAUCAUUUUGGAAGUGAGGCUGCUCUUUUAACUGUAUAUCUGUUGUAAAAAAAAUUCAAAUUUAACUA